AUGUAUUUACUGGGUCAUGAUUUUGAGUUGUUAACAGAUCAUCGUCCAUUGGAAUUUAUAUUCUCGCCUAAGUCUAAACCAUGUGCUCGAGUUGAAAGGUGGAUGCUUAGAAUGCAACCUUUUAAAUAUGUUGUGAAAUAUAUUCCAGGAUCACAGAAUAUUGCAGAUUCUCUAUCACGGUUAUUAGUGGUACCGAAAAAUGAAUCAAAACAAGGAGAAAUAAAUCAAGCUGAGGAGUAUAUACGUUUUGUUGCAUCUGAAUCUACACCAAACGCUGUAAAGAUUGAAGAUGUGGAUAAAAUGUCACUUAAUGACAAAGAAUUACAAAAUAUUAGAAAUUGUUUGUUAAAUGGAAGAUGGCAAGAUUUGCUAAACAAACAGUAUUUAACAGUGAAACAGGAACUUAGUUCUAUAGGUCAUAUUGUUCUUCGUGGAACAAGACUUAUUAUACCGACUGAAUUGAGGAAUCAGAUACUGAAGUUAGGACAUGAGGAACAUCCUGGAAUUGUUUUAAUGAAACAAAGAUUAAGAUCAAAAGUUUGGUGGCCAAACAUGGACAAGAGUAUUGAAGAGUAUUGUAAGUCUUGUUAUGGGUGCCAGCUUGUCGCAAACCCAGAGAAACCAGAACCGAUGAUACGAACGUCACUUCCGUCUAAACCGUGGGAACAGAUAUCAGCAGAUUUUUUAGGACCGUUACCGUCUGGAGAAUAUCUAUUUACCGUUGUUGACUACUAUUCAAGAUGGUUGGAAGUGACAAUUAUGAGUAAAAGUACAAGCGCAGACCGUGUAAUUGAUGCUCUGGACAAAAAGUUUACUAUACAUGGUUUACCUAUUUCAAUCGCAACUGACAAUGGACCUCAAUUUAUUAGUGACACUUUUAAAACAUACUUGGAUCAAAAUGGUAUAGUGCAUAGAAGAAUUACACCCUUAUGGCCAGCUGCCAACGGGGAAAUAGAGCGUCAGAACCGUUCAUUGCUAAAGCGCAUGCGUAUUGCAAAUGCUGAGAAAAAGAACUUGAGUACUGAAAUACAAACGUUUUGA